CAGCGCUUACGAAGAGUCAGGAUCCCUCAAAGCAAGUAGAGCUUGCAUUCAGCAUCUCGCUCUCGCACCAAAUACAUUUGUCCGUGCGCAAAGCUCGCAAUCAUGAUUAAAAAAAAUUCGCCUUCCGAGAACGAGUUUAACAUCCCGGCAAAAAACUGCCACAGGAUGGUGAUUCUAGGAUCCACAAAAGUUGGCAAGACGGCCAUCAUCUCUCGGUUUCUGAAUAAAAAAGUCGAGGACCAGUAUACGCCGACCAUCGAGGACUUUCAUAGAAAAUUAUACAGCAUUCGGGGAGAUGCGUACCAGUUGGACAUUCUGGACACCUCUGGAAACUAUCCCUUCCCCGCUAUGAGGAGACUCUCUAUCCUUACUGGUAAGCUUAACUCUGAACGAAUGAAACUGACAAAUGUCUUUAUGCAAAAGUGAUUCAUAAUAUUAAGCUGCAUUCUGCAAAUCACUUUCUAGAAGAAGAAUUUCAAUUUAGCUUCUCUAAAAUGCAUGCAUGAUGCGUAAUGCAAAACGUGUGCUGUGCAUUAUGGAAAGUACAUUGACUUUUGAGCUGUGAUAAUAAUGUGCAUUCCAUUUCUCUCUCCUCAGGUGAUUUUUUUAUCUUGGUGUUCAGUCUGGAUAACAGAGACUCCUUCCAAGAGGUGCAGCGCCUGAAGCAUCAAAUUUAUGAGACCAAGUCCUGCCUGAAAAACAAAACCAAAGAAAACGUGGAUGUCCCGAUCGUUAUCUGCGGGAACAAGUGUGACCGGGAGUUUAACCGGGAGGUUCAGAAUGAGGAGAUUGAGCAGCUGGUGGUUGGUGACGAACAGUGCGCCUACUAUGAGAUCUCUGCUAAACGCAACACUAAUGUCGACCAGAUGUUUCAGACUCUUUUUACCAUGGCUAAACUGCCCAACGAGAUGAGCCCGGACUCUCACCGAAAAGUGUCCUUACAGUUUUGCCAAGUACUGCAAAACAGCAGAAGAAAGUCAUUCAGAAAUAAGAAAUUCAAAGACAGCGAGGUAUAUGGGAUUGUGGCACCGUUUGCGCGCCGACCAAGCGUGCACAGUGACCUGAUGUAUAUCAAAGAGAAAGCUACUGGCUGCAGCCAGGGAAAAGAGAAAGACAGAUGCACCAUCUGCUAAGAACUCACUUGACAAUGCACAUGGAGACAUGUUACGAGAUGUUCAAUACAGCGAUGAAGACGAUACCCGCCAUGCUUCUUGCCAGUUUGCAGAGUCCGGGAUAAGGCAGCACGCCAAAACGCAGUGACAGCCAGGGGUGUAUGUCCCAAACCAUGCGAGAAGGCAUUCCAUGGUCAGUCAGUCAGAUAUUUCCCUGUGGAGUCAGGGUGAUCAAAUGUGAUAUGGCUUAUGAUAGCCUCUAGUGUUCUUGUUACUAUAGCUACAUGCUGUAAAAUCUGCCAUUACUGAAUGGAGAAUGUAGCCUACACUUAUGGGGUGGCAUUUGUUU